GAUAGAGACAUUUUAUGAGGGCAUGAAAAAGGGUUAAUACCUUAUUUUUGCCUUAACUAAUAUAAUCAACUUUGGUCUUUUGUUUGAGAAAUUAACAUCCUAGCCUCAACUAUGCAGCAUAUAGACUCAAUUGGCCCGACACAUGGUUUGACCGUCAAUUUGGACUGUGAACACUGUUGACCGUUAGUCAACACGCCAUGUCAUUGCCUCGUCAGCCUAAAAAUCAUUUAAAAUUUUAAUUUAUUUUCCUAAUUUCUAUUAUUUAUAAUUUUCAAAUUAACCAAGAAAUAAAAUUUGUAAAAUUUGUAAAAAUAUUAUUAUUUUUUGCUUUUUAAAAUUUAUCAUUUUCAAAUUACCGAAAAAUAAAAUAUAAAUUUAUUUUUAAUUUUUUAUAAUUAUAUUUUUUGGUCAAUUUGAUAAUGAUAAAUAAUAGAAAUUAGAAAAAUAAUUUAAAUUUAAAUUUUUAAUGAUUUUUAGGCUGACAAGACAAUGACAAAACGUGUUGACUAACGGUGCCGUCAAUUCAUGUGUCAGGCCCAAUCCGUGGUGGAUUCGCUGUACGGAUUGUGAUUAGGCGUUUGGGUUAGAGCCCAGAGGAUACGCAAAGCUAGAGCCUGCAUACAAUUAUUACUUGGUGGUACAAUUAGAGGCCCGGCUUUCUGAAGGGACCCAGGAUAUCCAAUGUCAUGCUAGAUGGGCCCUAUUUCACCAGAAUAAGUAUUACUUUUAGGCUGCCAGCCCACUAACUCCUCCAGCCUCCCGCCUCCACUUCUCGUCCCGCUCACCGUUUCCAAUUCCAGCGCAGCAGAUUUCCCGGCUUCUUCCCGGCAAACCAAGUUCCCCGCCGGAGAUAUAAAAGGAAAACCAGUCACAGGAAUCAAAGGAAUGGAGAAUGGCCUGAUCUCCGUGGACCGUUGGACGGCGGGAAGCCAGGUGUACUUCCUGACGCACCUCCACUCCGACCACACCCAGGGUUUGACCUCCGGCUGGGCUCGAGGCCCGCUCUUCUGCUCCCGCCUCACCGCCAAGCUCUUCCCCACUAGGUUCCCGGACUUCGACCUCACUCUGCUUCGCGUCCUUGAUAUUGGCGUAUGGAAUUCAGUUCCUCUCGUCUCCCCUUCAUCUGGAUCUCGGACAGUUGCUCGAGUAAUGGCAAUCGAUGCUCACCAUUGUCCAGGAGCUGUUAUGUUCUUAUUUCGUGGCGAUUUCGGCUGCCUGCUUUACACUGGCGAUUUCCGCUGGGAGACAACCGGGGAGAGGGCAAAGAUGGCGAGAGCCAUGCUUGUCAAUGCUCUCAAUGGCAGAACAGUCGACAACCUUCACUUGGAUAACACAUACUGCAACCCGUCUUACGACUUCCCGCCCCGUGAAGUUGCUGCUCAGGAGAUUGUCAAUCUCAUUGCCUCCCAUCCUAAACAUGAUGUUGUCAUUGGGAUAGACUCCUUGGGGAAAGAAGAUCUCUUGCUCCAUAUUGCACUUUCUCUCGGCAUCAAGAUUUGGGUAUGGCCAGAGCGUCUGCAGACCAUGCAUAUCCUAGGGUUUCACGACACCUUCACAACCAAGACAUCGCUAACAAGGGUUCGAGCUGUCCCUCGUUACAGUUUCAGCAUCGAGACAUUAGAAGCCCUCAAUGCAACGCGGCCAACCAUAGGGAUCAUGCCAUCCGGUCUCCCAUGGGUGGUUAGGCCUGUCAAAGGAGAUGCCAAUCUCUCCGGUUCUCACUUGACCGCUCGUUACAAGAAAAGGCAGCUUAGUGGGAGUUCCACUGGUGUGGAAAAACUCCAUCAGUACAUGUAUUCAGUUCUGUAUUCUGAUCACUCGUGCUUUAGUGAGAUACAGGAGUUCAUGGAGCUAGUCCAGCCGACUAUUGUGAAAGGGAUUGUGUGUUCGUCGGCUUGUUACGUGGAGCCACUCUACUUCUUCGGGCGUCUCUGUGGAGUGUUUUCUGUGGAUAGCCAUGUCCAAACGAAGAGAAGAAGUGAACGGGCAGCUGAUGUGGAAAUUAAUAAAUCUGCGGCGGAAAGUGGGGUGGAAGCAGUAAGGAAGAAAAUGAGGUCAAGGGCAUAUUAUGCAGCAGGAGGAGUUAAGGUGAGCAGGACCAGUGUGCUGAGACGGCUAAGCCGGGGUGCCAAAAUCAUGGACAAUGACUCUGCUGACUGAGAACUGGUCACAGUGAAUGAAAUUCGUAUGAAUCGUGAUAGCGGGUUUACUACGUUUGGCUGGAAAUAUUUACGGACUGACGACUUGUGCCAAGAGAAGUAAGAUUGAACAUCCCUUUUCUGUUUCUUACUUGGCUUGAUUGAUUUGAUCGACCUGUUUGUAUGAGAGGUCGUAGAAAACUACUUGGAAUGGAAGAUAGUGUAGAGAAGAGAGCAUAGGCACGUCAUAAUUGCUUCCAUAUAAUUGGUCUCAUUUGGCUAACUAUGAUUUUGAAAGGGUUAAUUGGUUGUGCUAAUGGUUUAGUAUUUGAUGCGGUAGGGCAGGGGGUGAUUAUUUGAUUUGGGAAGAUAUGAUUUGUAUUCAACUUUCUUUUUAGUGGCAUAUCUGAUUUCCUAGGGAAAGAAAAGUCGAUGGUAACAACUAGAGGCGUCGCAUUCUUUGCUCCUUCAAAUUUGUCCUAAUUGCUUUCUUGCUGCUGUUAGCGUCAACUCAAGUGACGUGCAAUUGGACUGGCAGUGACGCGGGAGGAGGGCCAUGUCUCCUGAAUGAUGGACGAGGGAAUUGAAGGCUCAAGUUGGACAAAAGGGAAAGGACAAGUAGAAGCUUUUUAAGGGGAAACAAAAUAAUUGCAUUGCGGUCAUGUACCCAAACCAAACCAAAAAAAAAAAAAAAGUGAGAGAAAUUGUGGUUUCGGAAAUUUGUUACCACCAUGCUGAAAAUGUCCACUAACCAUGAUUGGCAUCUUCUUGAUGAAAAUUUUGUAAAUCAAUGACAUUUACAUGGAUUCAAUGAAUUGAAAGUUGUUUGUUGUGUUUAUUUGGAGGUUGCAUGUUCAAAUUCAUUAAGUAACACCUAAAAUUAAAAAUUAAUUUAUGUCACUUUUAUAAACAAAAAAGUUUUAUGAGCAUAAUAAUCAGGAGAUUUUACUGAUGAAAGUUUUUUAGAUAUGCCCAAUUGAAUGAAUUGAAAGUGUAACU